GUCCCCAUCCCUAUCCCUUCGGCCUCCGCCUCCAUCUCGCCCCAUCUCCACCACCUCCGCCUUGCUGCCUCCUAUGGCCCGCCUCCUCGCGCAAACCCUAACCCUAGCCCGCCCCGCCCCGAUCAGUGCCACCGCAUCCGCCUCCCUCCGUGGCCUCGCCACCAGGGUCGAUGUCAUCGAGAUCGACCUCACCGAGGAGGACGCCGCCUCGGCCCCCGGUUCGGCCUCCCCCUCGAUCGAGGUGGUGGGGAUCCGGCGCCUGGAGGAGGCCAUCCACGGCGUCAUGGUGCGGCGCGCCACGCCCGAAUGGCUCCCCUUCGUGCCGGGGGGAUCCUUCUGGGUGCCCCCGGUGCGGCGCCCGCACGGGAUCGCCGAGCUCAUGGGCCGGAUCGCGGCGACCCGGGGUGCGGAAGAGGUCGUCGGUGCCGUGGACGGCGCGGUCGAGAUCGUGGAGGUCGACGCUCCCAUGACGGAGGAGGAGACGCUCUCCUUCUCCACCGCGCAGGGGUGGCCCUCGGCCUCCUACUUCGUCGAAGGUAAAUCUCUACAUGCAACGAAGAAGUCAAGGAAAGGUGCAACUCAAACUGAUGAUGAAGAAAGCUGAUUGGUUUGUGCUACUUUGCCAGGGGUUAGAAGUGAAAAUAUUCAUUUUAGUCUGUCUCGUCUCCUCAUCAUGCAACAUGGCUGGAGCAACAAUGGCAGCUCCUACAUGCUUGGAGAUGUGGGGACAAACAUCUUGUCACACUAGGAACAUCAAAACAAUGUAAACAGUGAGGUUGGUGAACUCUUGACUGUGUCAAGGUUAUGGAGCUACGUGUAGUCAUACUUGUUGUUGUUGUUGUUGUUGUUGCAUGUGAGGUUUAGCACCAAUAAGAUAUUGUUAUUAUUGAUGAUUGAGAUGAGCCUGUGAAAUUCUCUUACAUUUCUUUAUCUUGGUGAUUCUUAGGAUCUGAAUAGCGCAAUUCUUUUAGAAAAUGUCAGGGAAAUUAACUGGCCAUGAGCCCAUGACUCAUGAGAAAACAAAACGACAUCCUAACUCUCUGUUGACUGAUUCAGCAGUUGAUAGUUGUUACCGCACCUAUAUGUUGUUCCCAUCAGUUAUUAUCUGCACAAUCA